CGCUUAGCUUGCGGCUAGAUGUGGUCGCGCGCCGCGUAGAUCAGGUUUCACUGGACGAACCUAGUCUCUCGCGCUAGGCACACGGUAAUGACAAUGGCGACUGGAAAAAUCACUCACCUUUCCCGUUUCCUCUAAAUGACAAUGCGCUGCUCGGGUGUGACGCUGGAAACAUGCGUAUUUAUAUCCUGUGAAUAAUAUUAGUGUGCUGGUGUAGCGCGCGCGUCAUCGCAGCUUUAAUAAUAAAAGAUUGAAGAUGGCGGAGUUUUCUCCGGUGCUGCCUCCGCUGCGGGAUGAUGGAGGAGGAGGUGGACGGUACGGGUACGGACAGCCGUUGUUCCCCAGAUCCCGGUCCGGUUCGGAGUCGGACAGCGAACUGUCGCAGAGUUUGGCCCGCACAAAGACGCGCUCGUACGGCAGCACCGCGAGCGUCACUGCGCCGCUAGGAGAGAGAUACAUUGAGCACCGGGUAACGGACGGGGACACACUGCAGGGUAUAGCGCUCAAAUAUGGUGUUACGAUGGAGCAAAUUAAACGAGUAAAUAAACUAUUCAGCAAUGACUGCAUAUUCCUGCGAAACACUCUCAAUAUUCCUGUUAAGUCCGAAAAACGCUCCCUCUUUAAUGGACUGUCUCUGGAGUCACCUGACAGCGAGGGGAGCACGCCGCAGGAGUCACUGUGCAUGAGUCAGGACGUGGACACUCCAUCACCCCCUCCAGAACCAGCCGCCCCGGAGCCCAUCGCCCGACCCGUGAAGGCAGAAGAGCUGUCCGCUAAAGACUACUUACACCGGCUGGACCUACAGAUCAAACAGUCCAAACAAGCCGCCCGCAAACUGAAAGAGGACGGUGGGAGGGAGGAAGAUGACCCAGCGAACUCCACAUCAUCAUAUCAGGAGAUCUGAUGGAUUCUUCUUCAUCUGUUUACCUGCAGCACUGACAAUGACCCGUCUUCAUCUUUCCAUCCCUGUUUUGCCUGCUCAUGUUUUAACUCCACCUUCACCCAAACUGCAGCAUCAGACCACACACGCCACACUCUUGUGCUGAAGGUCCAUCAUUGCCUUCUUCAGCAGUAUUAUAGUGAUGUUAUUUCUGACUUUUAUCAUUAAUGCUCCAUCUCACACAACAGUAGAGAAUCCACAGCCGAGCUUUUCUUCUUUAGGAAGAGCAAUAGCCAUCCACAUGUGAUCACAAACUUAUGAUAACCUCUGCUCAUAUGAAACGCUGUCCAGUAACGUUACCCAGCAGAUAAAACCUCCCGGACUCUUAGUGGCUGCCUGCUGAUUUUAAUUCAUCUUUAUUUUGUUGUUGUUUCGUUUGCCUAUAAAAGCUUUAUGUGUGGAGUUGAAAGGGAUAAAUAAUGCUGUUUUGGUGUGAAUGUUGUGUUUUUGUGUGUUGGGGUUUAAUACAAAAUAUUUUACCGUG